AUGCUAAUUGAGGAGACGGACGGCAGUCAGUGGGAUAAGCAGAGGAGACAAGGGGAAAACGUACUUCUCGCGGUGUUGACCGAAGAGGAGAAAUACAAGAGUGCAGUUGAAGCCUUUUGCGACUAUAUAUUGUAUGACAAGACUGAGGUGAAGAGGACACCAAAAGGUCUCGUCUUCAUUGGGGAGUGGGGACCACUUCGUUACGCAGCUAAUGUCGCGUACGUCUGCCUCGUGGCAGCCGACAAACUGGCGAUAAACCAGGAGGCUUAUCGAGAUUUUGCAAAGAAGCAGAUCGAUUACAUGUUGGGAGACACCGGUUACAGCUAUUUGAUUGGAUUCGGCACAAAUUACCCUCGACGCCCUCACCAUGCCUCUAGUUCUUGUCCGACUGUUGAGGCGUGCGGAUGUGAAUGCGAUUCGAGUUAUGAGACCACACCGAAUCCGAAUCCGAACCUGCUCGAAGGAGCUCUCGUCGGCGGGCCGGACGACCAAGAUCGAUUCACGGACAAUCGUACGGAUUUCGAGACGAACGAGGUUACCCUCGACUAUAAUGCUGGAUUUCAAGGAGCUCUUGCCGGCCUCCUCAAUGCUCGCAAUUGA